UUAUUUAAUGAAUCAGUACCUUGUAGACAUUCCCCUUUCUGCUGGUUAUACCAUGUGUAGUUUAAGAUCUCAUAUGCAAUAUACACUGAGUAUACCAAAUAUUAGGAACACCUUGUUAAUAUUGAGUUGCCCCCCCCCCACCACACACACACACUCCCCUUUUGGCCUCAGAACACCCUCAAUUUGUUGGGGCAUGGACUCUACAAGGUGUCGAAAGCAUUCCACAGGGAGGCUGGCCCAUGUUGACUCCAAUGCUUCCCACAGAUGUGUCAAGUUGGCUAAAUGUCCUUUGAGUGGUGGCCAAUUCUUGAUACACCCGGGAAACUGUUGUGUGAAACCCAGCAGCGUUGUAGUUCUUGACAACUGGUGCACAUGGCACCUACAACCAUACCCCUUUCAAAGGUACUUAAAUCUUUUGUCUUGCCCAUUCACCCUCUGAAUGGCACAUAUACACAAUCCAUGUCUCAAUUGUCUAAGGCUUAAAAAUACUUCUUUAACCUGUCACCUCUCCUUCAUCUACACUGAUUGAUGUGGAUUUAACAAGUGACAUCAAUAAGUGAUCAUAGCUUUCUCCUGGAUUCACCUGGUUAGUCCAUGGAAAGAGCAUGUGUUGUUGAUGUUUUGUAUACUCAUUGUAUAUUUCUAUGACAAAUGAAUGCUGAAUGCCAUUGAAUGGUUACUCCAAUGGUUAUUCCAAUCUGGCUUUAAAUUGCCAUGUACUCUUAUAAUCCACCUGGCACAGCCAGAAGAGGACUGGCAACCCCUCAAAGCCUGGUUCCUAUCUAGGUUUCAUACAUGGUUCCUGCCUUUCUAGGGAGUUUUUCCUAGUUACUGUGCUUCUACAUCUGCAUUGUUUGCUGUUUGGGGUUUUAGGCUGGGGUUCUGUAUAGCACUGUGUGACAUCUGCUGAUGUAAAAAGAGCUUCAUAAAUACAUUUGAUUGAUACUCCCCCACCUUUUAUUUUAAAGCACAAUAUUUUGUAGAUUUCUUUGUUAAAACUGUUUCUUGUUGGUUAACUGAUCCAAAUGCUGCAUUCACAUGCUAGUCGGAACUAGGAAACUCUGAAAUGUCCGACUUGCUAACUGGUUGAACGCGGCACCUGUAUAACUACAACCAGGUAGCAAGUUGGCCAUUUCGGAGUUUCCUAGUUCCGACUUGCACUUGAACGUGGCAAUAUUCCUAUUGGGAAAUGUUAAUUUGAUUUGUGAAAUUAUGUUUAGACAAAAGCUUGAAAUAGUGUUUCUGCCCAUGUUUUACUUUAUAUUACAAUAGCCAUACAUAAGCAUUUGGAUAGCAUAUCUGUCUAUUUGCUCUGGUGUUGGUUUUUAUUCUCCAAAGAAAUGGAACUACAGUAUGAGAUGGUAAGACAAAACGUAGGCUGUGAUGCCAAUCUUCAGAAGUCAUGGUUUGUAAAUGGGCUGGUUAUGAAUGUCAUAGGUCCAUGUGAGCAAAUUAAAUGCCCAAAGCUCUCAGUCAAUAGUUUUACCUGGUCUGUGAUAAGUUAUACAAUUUUAAUUCAAAUUAAUUAACAUUACAGCUAAAGCAGAAAAGCGGAUACUAGACCUGUCCCGAGAAGCAGCAAGUGGUCACAUGACUCAAUACGCUUUUUCCACUGGUCAAGAUCCAUUCUGUGCCUUUAUUUCCGGAAGUGCAUCUUCAGAUUGUCAAAUAUCUCAGAUCCAAGACAUCCAGCUUUUACCAUCCAAGCCACAGAAUGACUCAUUGGUUCCACCGAAACCCAUUGAAAGCAACUGCACCUGUUUCCUUCAACUUCUAUGGAGUUGCUGGUAGCCCAUCAGCAAAUAAGAUAUGCAAUGACUUGAGGACAUCGAGGGCCAGACUCUUGGAGAUGUUCACAGAUACCACCUGUGAUCCCGAGAUCAUGAAAAAUGCCACAGAUACUUAUUUCUCACUCUUACAAGGAUUCAUUGCAUCUCUGGAUGGCACCAAACAAGAGAACAAGCUUCGGUUCAUGCAGAACUUCAAGUGGACUGACACUUUGCAAGGAAACACCCCAAGUGCCCAACAAGAUGCUAUUUUUGAACUGGUCUCCAUGGCCUUCAAUGUUGCAAUUUGGCACACCAAGUUUGCCUCAAGACUUGCAGGAAAGGAAAAUGUAACUGAGGAAGAAGCAAAAGAUGUCCACAGGAGCCUGAAAUUUGCUGCUGGGAUUUUCAAGCACCUCAAGGAGGUCCACAUCCCCCGCCUCAUCACCCCAGCGGAGAAGGGCCGGGACCUAGAACCCAGAGUCAUGGACACCUACAUGGUCCAGUGCAAAGCAGAGGCACAGGAAGUGACGAUUGCCAGAGCGAUUGAACUCAAGCAUAACGCCACUCUCAUUGCAGCCUUGGCCUUCGAGACCGCAAACUUUUACCAGAAAGCUGACCACACACUGAACACCCUGGAACCAGAGUGCAGCAGUAAGUGGAGGAAGUACCUCCAGCUGAAACAGCACUUCUACAUGGCCUAUGCAUAUUGCUACCAUGGACAAACUCUCCUCGUGAGCGACAAGUGUGGCGAGUCAAUAAGAUCUCUCCAAGAAGCAGAAAAGUGCUACUCCAGAGCCGAGGCUCUGUGCAAAGAGUACCGUCAGACCAAAGGGCCGGGUAGCACAGCCAAACCCUCUGAGCAGCUCUUCUUCACCACGCUGGGUGGCCUGAUCAAAAAUACAUUGCAGAAGUGCGAGAGAGAAAAUGGAUUCAUAUACUUUCACAAGGUCCCGGCCGAGGUGCCCCAGCUAGAGCUGAAGGCUAGCUAUGGCCUGGCCGAGCCAAUAUCCUUUGAGUUCCCAGCCCUCAGCGAGCAGUGCACCCCUGAAGUCUAUACCACUUUUGACCUCACCAAGGGGGCCAAAGCUGAGAAGGCCAAACCCAAGCAGGAAGAAGACGUUAAGCCAAUGAAGGAACCAGAUUUGAAGCCUCAGAAAGAUACAGGCUGCGUCAUAUCAUAAACAGAGAUGACGGGGGUUGACAAGGACAAGAAAAACAUGACUGCGUGGAUUUAUUGAUGCAUUGGCUUGUUUUAUCUGUAGUGUUUUAUGAUCAGUGAUUUACAGUAUCAUGACCAUCUGUUGUAGUUCAUUUUAUACAUAGUUGUUUUCUAUUUUUUUAUGUUCAUGAUCAAAUAUUAUUGGGUCAGACUUUAUAUUUGAAAUGUUCUCUCACUAGUGCUGUUGGGGAUUUUGGAUCUUUAUUUAUUGCUGUCAUUUAAGAAACGGACAAUUAAUAUAGUAAGAACUUAUAACACUCCACGAUGAGUAUCCAAUCAUUUGUAGAAAGAAAUCGUAUGUUUUCAAUUUUAUUUUUCAAUCGCUGAGAUUCUCUUAAUUGAAUCAGUUUUCUUGCAACUGAAAGGACACUGUACAUACAGUAUCACAUUAUUCAUACACAAGGCUAGUCAUUGCUGGGUAUGGCCUGUAUUUAUGAUAAUAACCAUUGUUUAAUAUCCCCCUCUUUAUUGGAGACUUGAGGACUAGGCGGUGCUUGUAUUGGGUCAGAAUAACCUGAACAAGGCUGGCUGUUCAGUAGGAACAUGGAAUAACAUCUGGGAAGUUCUCAGGAAAGCUCGAUGUUCUGAACGUUCUAAAUCGAAAUGUCACGCAUGACUACUCUGCAUGAGAGAGGAGCAGGCCUGUUUUACACGAAACCUUUGAACGUUCCAUAACAUUGCCAUAUGGAAGGUGAUGUAGGUCUUCCUGACGCUCAGAAAACUGUUGUAAAAAAAACUAAGACUAGUAGCCAUGGUUUCUUUUCUAAAGGAUCGGUGUCCCGCUAGUGGGACAACUUCCGGUGAAACUGGAAGGGCGCAAUACAAAAUAUUUUUCCACCGGCACAGGUUUCAUACGUUCACAUAUAACGGUUAAAUAUUCACUUUUUGAAAAUAUUCCUUUGAUUUGUCAUCCAAAGGGUCCCAGCUAUAACAUGUUAUGUCGUUUUGUUAGAUAAAAUCCUCCUUUAUAUCCCAAAAGGUCAGUUUAGUUGGCACCAUCGAUUUGAGUAAUCCACUCGUUCAACUUGCAGAGAACGGAAUCUGAAAAUCUACCCCUAAACUUUGUUUCAACAAGUCAAAAUAUGUUUCUAUUUACUCCUCAGAGACCGUAAAAUGUAAUCAAACUAUAAUUUUUAUUUCGUAAAGAAGUAUGUCCAAUAGGAAACCAGUUUUAGCAGGUGCGUAAUGUCUUCAUGGCGCGUGCAAACACGAAUUUCCAAGACGGUGACCUUCUAAAACCGAUAUUUCUCAUUCCUUUUUGAAGUUACAAGCCUGAAACCUUGAACAUAGACUGCUGACACCCUGUGGAAGCCAGGAAUUGCAUCCAGGGAGCUAAAAAAAAAAAUCUGGUUGGUUUUUCUUAGCAUUUUCUCCUACCUUAUCUAUUGUGUUAUAUUCUCUUAUAUUAUUUUAACAUUUCUACAGACUUCAAAGUGUUUUCUUUCCAAUGGUACCAAUUAUAUGCAAAUCCUGGCUUCAGGGCCUGAGCUACAGGCAGUUUACUUUGGCCAUGUCAUUUAGACAGGAAGUGGAGAAAAAAGGGGCCUAUCCCUAAUUAAGACUGGAUUUAUCAGUGAUUGACAAGUGCAGGAACACUAGAAUAAUGGUUAAUGAAGAAAGAAAUGGACUUGACAAUCUGAUGUCAUUCAAAUAUGAUGUCAAUCAUAAACUGCUUAAACCAUUUCAUUGAAGGGAGUAAUGUUGUACUUUGGCGCAUUAUUUUACACAUGGAAAAUUGUUGGAUGAAGUAGCCUACUAUGUCUGUAAAUUAGUCAAAUGAAUUACAAAUGUUUGUUUUAUCUGUAAAUGACAACGAUAUACAUAUUACUGUAGUUUUUAGAGUACUGAUUUGCUGUAAUUGCCUAAGAGUUGUUUUUGAAAAUAUGUUAAUGACAGCUAGCAUCUACUGAGGAGGUACAAUAGGGGAAAAAGUAACCUCCAGUAUGGUAUACUAACUUGCCAAUCAAUUAAGAAAAUUGUGCAUUCUUUCUGUUCAACCUCAAAGCACAUUAUAAUGCCUUUGCACUUUAAAUCUUAUUAGUCACACAGAAAUUAAGAACAUAUACAACAUAUAUUAUCUCUACAAUACCUUUUUAUUCUUGGAACAAUUAAUUUUCACAUUUAAGGACCAAUUAUAUUUAUUUUUAAUUAACACGUUUAUGAAAACAGUUUGCUGUAUCAUAACAAUGUUUACACAAGUCAACCUGAAGGUCAUUACUCUUCAUCUAAUGGUGCCCUUCAUGGAAAAUGUUUCAAAUAAAAAUGUCAAGAAAC